AUGGAAAUAUUCAGUGGUAAAAAAGCUGUGUCCCGGGGUAUUGCCCACUUCGGAUAUCAUGGCAUUUCAGUUGAUAUUGAAGAAGAUCUUCGGCACGACUUUAGCACGACACACGGAUUCCUUUUAUGUUUGCGCGCCCUGCUCGUCAUGAAGGCGGGGAGCUUGCUUUUCAUGGCACCCCCAUGCGGGACGUGGGUGUGGGUGUCCAGGGGGUCAACACAGAGAAGCGUUGAGCGUCCAGAAGGGAUGGGGUCAGCGUGCACGGAGCAAGCUAACGCCCUCGUCACGCGCAUGACUUAUUUGGCUGUGCUCGCCUCCGCCCUCGGCAUCCAUGUGGUGAUCGAGCAGCCCGCAAGCUCAAUCCUUUGGAACAUGGUGCCUGUGCAGAGAAUGCUCAAGUACAUAUCUGCCAGGUCUACAAAAGCUGACAUGGGGGCGUACGGUGCACCGACGAGGAAGGGGCUCGUCUUCAAGGGCGACUUGCCUGGCCUCGAACGGCUCGAGAAGAAAGUGGACAAGUUUGACCGGGAGGCGAUGGCGUUAGAGAACCCCCCCCCUACCACAACAUCUGUCGUGGGGACCGACGGGAAGAAACGCGCGUCGGGUGGGCCUGGCCUGAAGGACUCUGCCGAGUACCCCUUGGGGUUUGGAGCUGCUAUCGGGCUAAUCUUCCAUACUACUUACGAGGGGACCUACAAGCAUCAGGAGCCCGCCUGGACUUUGGAGUUUUCUUAG